AUGGACGCAUCUCUGGUACUCAACAUAACAGAAGAACAGGAACAUUGCAGGACCUCCAGCCUGAGCAACAGCAGCAUGAACAUGAGGGGCAAGAUCAUCUUCUACGAGGACAGGAACUUCCAGGGCCGCUCCUAUGAGUGCAUGAAUGACUGUGCUGAGAUGACCUCCUACCUGAGCAGGUGCCAGUCCUGCCGGGUGGAGAGCGGCUGUGUGGUCAUCUAUGACCGACCCAACUUCAUGGGCAACCAGUACUUCCUGAGGAGGGGCGAGAACGCUGAGAACAUGAGCAUGAUGGGAAUGAGAGACAACAUCAGGUCUUGCCGUAUCAUCCCUGCGCAGAGGGGAAGGUUCAGGAUUAGGAUCUACGAGAGGGAGAACCUCAGUGGUCAGAUGAACGAGCUGAUGGAUGACUGUGAUAACAUCAUGGAGCGGUUCUCCAUGCCUGAGUCCAUGUCCUGCAACGUCAUGGAGGGUCACUGGCUGCUGUUCGAGCAGCCCCACUUCAGAGGCAAGAUGGUGUACCUGAAGCCCGGAGAGUACCGCAGCCUGAGGGAGAUGGGUGCCACCCUCUCCAGGGUCCAGAGUCUGAGACGCAUCCUGGACAACUAG